GUGGUGUGAUAUUCUCCAUUGAAUAACCCAAUCAUCCACUUACAAUGUCAGGACGCGGCAAACAAGGAGGCAAGGUUCGGGCUAAGGCCAAGACACGCUCAUCCCGGGCUGGUCUGCAGUUCCCAGUCGGUCGUGUUCACCGUCUGCUCAGGAAGGGUAACUAUGCCGAGCGGGUCGGCGCCGGAGCUCCAGUGUAUCUCGCCGCCGUCCUCGAGUAUCUGACGGCUGAGAUCCUCGAGCUGGCCGGCAACGCCGCCCGCGACAACAAGAAGACCCGCAUCAUCCCCCGACACCUCCAGCUGGCUGUCCGCAACGACGAGGAGCUCAACAAGCUGCUGGGCGGCGUCACCAUCGCCCAGGGAGGAGUGCUGCCCAACAUCCAGGCCGUGCUGCUGCCCAAGAAGACCGAGAGCCACAAGGCCACCAAAUCCAAGUAAUCCCGAUCACUUCAUUCCCCUCCAUUACCCAACACAACAAAGGCUCUUCUCAGAGCCACCCA